UCCAAGAUUAAAUGCCAGUAGACUGUCGACUAGUGUUGAAGGUCCAAGCUGUACUCGACUCAUCAUAAUUUUGUUUUUCUAUACCUUACUCAUGUGAAACCGAUGAUGAAUUACAUGACAGUUGAAUAACUUAAUCAAACGUAGUCGUCGUCAUAGAUUGAAUCUUGAAGGAGACAAAGAUGACGAAACUCUUUUCUAAGACUUUAACGAGGUUUAUCUCUUACAGUCAAAGGUCUUCUUCUUCUUCUAAAGCUACUACCAAACUCUCUGCUGCUCCAGAAACUCCCAACCUUGAGAGCAAAUGGAUUGUUUCGGUUACACCACCUGCAAAGAUGAGAGUCAAUGUUGUUAUGGUACUUGGUUGGAUCUAUUACCUACGGUAUCGGGGAGGUGUAUAAGUUACAACAAGGAGAAGUGGCCAAGAAACAUGUGGAUUUCAGACGACAAUGCUUGGAAACAAAACCAAGGAAGCUGAAUACAAUGAAGAAAGUGGAUGAGUUAGGAUUUCAACGGGUUGUAUGCAAAGGCGUUUUCGAUGUGAAAAGAUCGAUCUAUGUUGGUCCAAAGCCUAGAUCCAAGUCUAAAGAUUCCGAAGAUGGGUUCUAUGUUAUUACAUCUCUUUUGCCAAUCCCAAAUGAACCAAAUAGUGUGAAGUCCCCUGUUCUAGUAAAUCGCGGAUGGGUUCCUUCGGAUUGGAAAGAAACGUCUUUAGAAUCUCUAGAUCCUGGUGUUGUUGUUGCUGCUGCGGAGGAUGAGUCAAGAAAAGCUAAUAAACUAAUAUCCUCUCUACAAAAUCCCUUAUCGAAGUUUUGGUACAAGUUUAACAACCCAAUGAUUUCUGAGCAGGACCAUGCCUCUAGGGCUAUGCAUGUGGAAGUGGUUGGUGUGAUUAGGAAAAGUGAAACUCCAAGCAUAUAUACUCUAGUAAAUUAUCCAAGGUCGUUUGGGUGGUUCUACGUUGAUGUUCCUAAACUGGCUCAAGCCAUGGGAUUUGGUGAGGACACAAUGUAUAUAGAGAGUAACCACAAAGAUAUGGACGAAAGCAAACCUUAUCCAGUUCCGAGAGACGUUAUGAACUUGAUCCUUAGUAAAGAGUUACCACUGGGCUAUUACUACCACACGUUGUUAUGUUUUUGGAGCUCCCUGUUUUGCUUUGGCAAGGCCAAACUGAUUCUUUUGGAGAAAUAUACAAUUUAUAGUAGUAAGCCAAUGUUGAUUCUAGUAAUUUUUGUCUUUUAUAUACUUACCAAAAUAUACAGUCUUCGUAGCCUAUUUAGUCAAAUAGACACAAUUGGUGUUGGGUGUGUCACUAAACUCGACUCCAACGAACACAUCUGCCAUAAUGAAGGAGGAAUCAGUUCGACAGAUGUGAAUCUUCUCAGUCCUUAGUCAUUCUUCUCUUAUCUUUUAUGCAAUUUGGUUUACUUGCAGUCCUGUUUUAAUCAUCCAUAUAUGUAAGUUCUACGGCCAAAGGAAGAAAUCAAUCAACUAUCUAUUAUUCAAACAUAUGUAUUCUGUUUUGCGUUUGUUUUCUUGCGGGGUCAUAUUAACGUAUCACCGUAUUACGUAGACAAUAAGUCAUUAAUAGACUGUACACAUGGAUGUCUGAAUGAUUAAGCUCUCCUCCGGCUCAUCAUCUGCACUAAGACCCAAUUUAGACCCCUCAUGGUUCUAAAAGUUUUUUUUUUUUUUUUUCUCUGGCCAGUAUCUGUAUCUUCUAGAAACUAUAGUAUAGUAGUGCAUAGUUUAUGUUUCUCAGAUUUUGGUAAUUGGGCUUGUAAAAGCAAGUUUUAAGUUCAAUUUGGAAGCUCUCUGUUUUUGUCUUUACGCUUGUAUAUGUGUAUUAAAAACAUUAAAAUAAGACUACAUGCUCUCUGAAUUAUUGCUCAAAGUCCAUCUUACAAUUGUAGUAUCAAGUGUAAUCAAGUAAUCAACAUGUGUACUCUGUUUUGCUUUUAUUUUCUUGCAGGGUCAUUAACGUAUCACCUUAUUACGUAGACAACAAGUCAACAAUAGAUUGUAGAACAAUGUCUGAAUGCCUAAGCUCUCCUUCAGCUAAUCAUCUGCACUAAGACCAAUUUAGACACCUCAUUGUUCUAAAGGGUUUUUCUUUUUCUCUGGCCACUUUAAGUGUAUGUAUCCUAUAGACUAUAUAUAGUAGUAUAGUUAUAGCUUUUGUUUCUUCAGAUUUUGGUAG